UCCUCAAUGCGCAUGCGCUGUGAAAGGAAACUCAUUUGAAUCAGACAAGCGGAGCAACGACAGUUUCUGCGUUAGCGUCUUAAAACCUACUUCAUAUACUUCAAUGGCGGAUCCACGAGUACGACAAAUUAAAAUUAAAACCGGCGUAGUUAAACGAUUAGCAAAAGAAAAGGUGAUGUAUGUAAGAGAGACCCAGCAGCAAGCGGAAAAGGUUGAGAAAAUGAAAGCUGAAGCUGGUGAUGAAUACGUGAUUAAGAAACAGAUUGAAGUCUUGCAGGAGUCCGAGAUGAUGAUCCCUGAUUGCGAGCGCCGCUUGGGAGUAGCAUGCAGAGACCUUGCGCAGUUAUUAGAAAAUGAAGCAGACUUGGCAGAGUUGGAGGAGUUCAAAGAAGCACAAGCCAUGCUGGAUUCUGUCAAGCUGGAAGGAUAAUUAUUGACCGAUUGCUUUAUGUACCUGCACUGAGUCCGUUCUAUACAGUUGGACCACAUUUUGGAACAGUUGUGCCUAGACAACAAAGAUUUGAACCUGAUCACAGAUUAUAUUUGUUUUCUAAUUUUUUUUUUUUAUUUAGUAUAGUCCUAGACUUGUCCUAUACAAGCCUGCAAUUAAAGUGAUGCUCUUGUAUAUGGAGCGCUAUUAAAAUAUCAAUAAAUUGUUUUAUGAUUUUAUCAUCA